UUGCCAGACUUCGGGCAAAGUUUUGCUACCUUAAACUCAGCCUGGCAGGAUGGGCUGAAAGAUAACAGAUCCUGCGAGAAAUGAAGGAUGCGUCGGUUACCUGCUGUGACAUGCUGUCUCUGCCCCCAUCCCGGGACGGCUACUUCCCUGUGUCCUCGCCCCCUGUGCUUUCCUCCAACAGCGUCCGGUUUACCAUGUCCCACGCCAUCGCGUCUUCCACGUUGCCCUCUGGAUCUGAGCUGUGUCUUGGGCACUGACAUGCCAGGUCUCCUGGGGCAGGAGCUUGUCCUUUGAGCCCUGUGAGCUCUUGGGCCUGUGUGUCCAGUACAGAAGCCACUGGCCACCUGUGGCUAUUUACACACAAAUUAGUUAAAUUUAAAUAAAUACAGACUCAGCUCCUCAGUCACCCAAGGCCCACCCCCAGCUCCGUGGCCACCUCUGCCGAUUCUAGCGCCGCUUGUGGAGCUUCUCACCCUGGCAGGACGGUCUUUAGCCGGCACCAGUGCAGGCGCCCUGCGGGGAUGGGCCCAGGUAUCAUGGUAUUACUUGGUUUGAUUUCAGGCCAUUUGUGAGACUUUAGAUCUUCCGAAAAUGGCAAACCCAGUGCGGUCCCUCCCAGGAGCUCUUGGCCGUUGCUGAUGGCAGAAACCAAACUCGCUCGCGGUUCACUUGCAGCCCCCGAGUGUCAGCCCAGCCCGCGUCACCGUAGCCAUGGACGGUGCAGCGGCCGUACAGGAAGGCCUGUUGGAGGACAGACCCGGCAGUGGGAUCUCGGCUCGCCCCGAGGCCCCCCCAAAGCCCACUGGCUCCCUGACGUCACUGGACCAGUGGGAUGAAGCCCAGUGUGCCGGUGUCGAGGUAAACAGAGCUUCAGAUGAAGGAGGAAGCCAAGGGGCCACCUGUCCGAAUGGGCCGGCGCCACAGUUCCCAGACCCUCCGCUGUCAGUGGGUCCUGAAGCCUCUCCAGGUGUGGCUGAUUUCCAUGACAACCUAAGGAAGUCUCAGGGGACUAGUGCUGAGGGCAGUGUUAGAAAAGAAGCUUUGCAGUCCCUCAGACUCAGUCUUCCUAUGCAAGAAACGCAACUGUGCUCAACAGAGGCUUCACUGCCCCUGGAGAAGGAGGAGCAGGUCCGGCUUCAGGCUCGGAAACGGCUGGAAGAGCAGCUCCAGCAGUACAGGGUGAAGCGCCAGCAGGAAAGAUCAAGUCAACCUGUAACUAAAACGAGACUUUUUAGCACACUUGAUCCUGAACUCAUGUUGAACCCAGAAACCUUACCGAGGGCCAGUGCCGUGGCUAUGACCAAAGAAUAUUCCUUCCUGCGCACCAGCGUCCCUCGGGGGCCGAAGGUGGGCAGCUUAGGGCUCCUGGCACAUCCUAAGGAGAAAAAAAGUUUCAAAUCAAGCAAAAUUCGGUCUCUGGCUGAUUACAGAACUGAAGAUUCAGACGCUCGGAAUUCUGGUGGAAACGUUCCGGCUCCGGACUCUGCCAGGGCCUCCCUGGAGCAGAACCGAGGCAGCGGGACGUCAGUGGUGUCUGAGCUCAGCCUGUGUCCCGAGGCCGACGACCGCCUGGAGGAUGCGUCCCUGACGGGGGACAACGUGUCCGAGGCUGACGGGACCGAGAGUGACAGCUCCUGCUAUAGCAGCGUCUCCGCCCGAGGGAUGGCCGGCCUUCCGGUGAACACGGGGGGCGCGCGCCAGGCCCCCUAUGGGGCCAGCAGCCAGGAGAUCGCCGCCGGCGCCCUGGGCCAGCUCCCCUCCAUCUCGGAUGUCCUCCAGGCCGCAGCCGCCGAGCGCCAAGAGCAGAGGCAGAAGGUCAACGGGGAGACGCGGCGCCGGGCCGACAGCAUCUGCAGCAGCGUGUCCAUGGAAAGCUCGGUUGCUGAAACUCAUGAUGAAAUGUUGCAGGUUCUUAAAGAAAAAAUGAGACUCGAAGGACAGCUGGAAGCUUUAUCGUUAGAGGCUAGUCAGGCACUUAAAGAAAAGGCCGAGCUGCAAGCGCAGCUGGCCGCCCUGCACACGAGGCUGCGGGCACAGCUGGAGCAAAGCCACAGCAGCCAGCAGAGGCAGGACUCGCUCAGUUCGGAGGUGGACACCUUAAAGCAGUCUUGCUGGGACCUCGAGCAGGCAAUGGGCGCUCUGCAGAACAUGCUGGAAGCCAAGAAUGCUAGCCUGGCCUCCUCCAACAGCGACCUGCGGUUGGCAGAGGGGCAGUACCAGCGGCUCGUGGCCAAAGUGGAGGACAUGCAGAGGAGCAUCCUCAGCAAGGACAACACAGUGCAUGACCUGCGGCAGCAGAUGACAGCCUUGCAGAGCCAGCUGCAGCAGGUGCAGCUGGAGCGCACGACGCUGACCAGCAAGCUGAAGGCGUCCCAGGCCGAGAUUGCGUCCCUGCAGAGUGUCCGGCAGUGGUACCAGCAGCAGCUCGCCCUGGCCCAGGAGGCCCGGGUCCGGCUGCAGGGCGAGAUGGCCCACAUCCAGAUCGGACAGAUGAGCCAGGCCGGCCUCCUGGAGCACCUGAAGCUUGAGAAUGUGUCCCUGUCCCACCAGCUGACGGAGACCCAGCAGAGGUCGAUCAAGGAGAAGGAGCGCAUCGCCGCCCAGCUCCAGGGCAUCGAGGCUGACAUGUUGGACCAGGAAGCUGCCUUUGUGCAGAUUCAAGAGGCGAAGACGAUGGUGGAGGAGGACCUGCAGAGGAGGCUGGAGGAGUUUGAAGACGAGAAGGAGCAGCUGCAGAAGACGGUGGCCUCAGCGGCGGCCCUGGAGCAGCAGCUGGAGCAGGUGAAGCUGACUUUGCAUCAGCGAGACCAGCAGCUUGAGGCUUUGCAGCAGGAGCACCUGGACCUGUUGAAGCAGUUCACCUCGACGCAGGAGACGUUGCAGAGCAGGGAGCAGGCCCUCGGGGACCUGCAGGUGCACUGCGACGAGCUGCAGGCCAGGCUGGAUGAGCUGCAGGGGGAGGCCGCCGCCAGGGACGAUGCCAUCCGUUUCCUGCAGAACGAGAAGAUCGUCUUGGAGGUGGCUGUGCAGGCAGCCCAGAGCGGCAGGGAGCAAUUUGAUAGAGACGCAGAACGCCUGGAAGAGGGUGCUCAGGACACGUCAGAAACUUCAGAGCGGUUGACGCGGGCUCUAGCCAUCAAGUGCCGCCAGGUGGAGCACCUGCAGCAAGAAGCUGCCUCCUUGAAGAAGCAGGCGCAGAAGAUAAAGGAGCAGUUUCUUCAACAGAAGGUGAUGGUGGAGGCCUACCGCCGGGACGCCACCUCCAAAGACCAGCUCAUCGGUGAGCUGAAGGCCGCCAAGAGGAGGCUGGACUCGGAGGUGAAGGGGCAGCGGCAGGAGGCCGUCAGGCUGCAAGGGGAGAAGAGGGCCGCGGAGGUGCAGCACUUGCGUCUGCAGAGGGAGGCGUCCCAGGCCCGUCAGCAGGUGGUGGACCUCCAAGGGCACCUGCAGGCCACGCAGAGGGAGCGCGACGAGAUGGAGACGCACUUACAGUCUUUGCAGUUCGAUAAAGAGCAGGUAGCUGCUCUCACGGAGGCCAACGAGGUGCUCAAGAAACAAGUAGAAGAGCUGCAGCAAGAAGCCACGCGGGCCGUCACCGAGCAGAAGCGGAAGCUGAAGCAGCUGGGCUCGGACCUGAGCAGCGCACAGAAGGAGGUGAAGACCAAGCACAAGGCCUACGAGAACGCCGUGGGCAUCCUCAGCCGCCGCCUGCAGGAGGCCCUCGCGGCCAAGGAGGCGGCCGAGGCCGAGCUGAGCCAGCUGAGAGCCCGGGCGGCCGGUGGCAGCGGCAGCGACCACACCCUGCACGAGCGGGUCCAGGCCCUGGAGGCGGAGCUGCAGGCUGUGGGCCACAGCAAGGGGAUGCUGGAGAGAGAGCUCCAGGAGGUCAUCGCGCUGACCGGCCAGCAACUGGAGGAGCAGCGGGAGAGGGUGCUGGAGCUGGAGGACGAGCUGCAAGAGUCCAGAGGCUUCAGGAGGAAGAUAAAGUGCCUUGAGGAGUCGAAUAAGAAGUUGGCUCUGGACUUAGAGCAUGAGAGAGGGAAACUUAUGGGCCUCGGACAGUCCAGCGCGGCCCUGAGGGAACACAACGGCAUCUUAGAGACAGCUUUAGCCAAGAGGGAAGCAGACCUGGUCCAGCUGAACCUGCAGGUGCAGGCAGUUUUGCAGCGCAAAGAGGAGGAGGACCGCCAGAUGAAGCAGCUUGUCCAGGCCUUGCAGGCCGCGCUACAGAAGGAAAAGGUGACGGUGCACAGCCUCGAGGAGCAGGUUGCUGCCGCCCAGGCGGAAGCGGGGCACAACCGCCGCCAUUUUAAGGCCGCCACCUUAGAGCUGAGCGAGGUGAAGAAGGAGCUGCAGGCCAAGGAGCAGGAGGUGCAGCGGCUGCAGGUGGAGGCAGACGGGCUCCAGAUUCAGGAGGGGAAACAUUCCCAGGAAAUAGCACAGUUCCAAGCAGAGCUGGCAGAGGCCCGGACCCAGCUCCAGCUCCUGCAGAAGCAGCUGGAUGAGCAGCUGAGCAAAGAGCCCGCAGGAAACCAAGAGAUGGAAAAUCUCAAAUGGGAGGUGGAUCAGAAAGAGAGAGAAAUCCAGUCCUUGCAGCAGCAGCUGGACUUGACUGAGCGGCAGAGUAAACAGGAGUUGGAUGGAGUACAGCAGUCGUCGCAGAAUAUUAAAUCUGAGCUGGAGAUGGUACGGGAAGAUCUGUCCCUGACCCAGAAAGAUAAAUUCAUGCUUCAAGUUAAAGUGUCGGAACUGAAGAACAACAUGAAGACGCUGCUCCAGCAAAACCAGCAGCUCAAGCUGGACCUGCGGCGGGGAGCAGCCAAGACGAGAAAGGAGCCGAAGGGAGAAGCCAGCUCUUCCAGCCCCGUGACGCCGGUGAAGAUCCCUGACUGCCCCGUGCCGGCCUCGCUUUUGGAGGAGCUGCUGCGGCCCCCACCUGCCGUGAGCAAGGAGCCCCUCAAGAACCUCAACAGCUGCCUCCAGCAACUCAAGCAGGAGAUGGACAGCCUGCAGCGCCAGAUGGAGGCACACGCGGUCACUGUGCACGAGUCGCUGUCCUCGUGGACGCAGGGGGACCCCGCCAGCCCCUCCCGCCCGGGCGAUCGCGCCAACCCCGGAGGAGACGCGGAGCAGCGCGGUCAGAGCAGGGCCGUGAGAGAGCGCUCCGGAGUGGUGCCCGCCGAGCAUCCGCACCCCGAGUGUUUGUAGCUGCCCGCAGGAGUGCUCUCUUCUCCGUGUUAUUUAUCUGACUGUGCGCUCUAUGUCUUUCUAAGAGAUGAAAGUUAAGUUUUACGUAGGCCGUUACAAGGAGUAGAAUAACAGAACGAGAGUCGAGAAUUGAUGAUAGUCUUUUGCAGGUCACAACCAGCUUUUCCCACGAAGUGACCAAAUCUUAAAAACCUAAUUUAGGUCUCAGUGAGACAUUUUGAAUGUGUCUGAAGGGUUAUUUGCAGAAGGAGGUAUCUUAGGCCUGACCGUAGACGCUGCUCUCGGACGGUCGCUGGCGGAGGCCUUGCAUGGCUGCGUGCGGCUUCUCACUUUCCUGUCUGAUUCAGAAAGAGCUUUCCUCCCUGCAGGAGCGAGACUUCGUUUGCACCUUUGGUUUUUAUUUUAUUUUGUUCUGUUUUCAAUAGCCAUCUCUCCAUAGAACGUGUAUAUAAAUACCGGAAAUCAUAAUCUAAUCUUUAAAAAGUAUAUGCUCAUAUUAUUUAAGAAUGACCCGAAUUGUCUUUUUAUUGAUUGCCUUUUGAAAAUCUGCAGUUAGGAAGUAACGUACUUGUAGGAUUUAGGAAUGUCAGAAAAUUAUGUUUUAAGAAAUGUAAUUAUUUUAUUUACCUUCUAAAGCCAAAUAUUCUUAGGCAGAAGUUGUUAUUUUAGUUUCACUUUAUUUUGAGGGUCUUUCCUUGCCAUGAGUGCACAACGCCCACCUGUUUGACCCCUGGCCCUGCAUGGCCUCGCUCACCGUGGCCGACCCCCGGGCAGGCCUGAUGGCCCCCAGGACGCCCACAUAGACACCACGGUCAGCACAUGCUGACCUGACGUGUGAGGCGUGGGGAGAGGCCUCAAGAGAGGAGGGGAGGGGAAGCGAGGAGGAGGAGCAGGGCCAGGGCUCCCGCAGGCUGCAAACCAGGGAGCCGGGCUUCCCCAGGCCUCACACUUCUUUGCCCUUGUGUGGCAGUGUCCACCAGCGCCUGUGUGGUCGUCAAGAGAUAGGCUGGCCUCUGUGUGGUGAGAGCCUUCAGAAGGGUGAGAAGGCCCUUGACCCUCUCAUCUGGAGAGCAGCGAAAGGGGCAGGUCAGCAUGAGAGGGUCUCCUGAGGUUUAUUUGAAAUCAGACACCCCAAGUGUGUGAGGUCCCGCCUAGAGUGACUGUGAGACUCGAGGUUUGUAAGCUUGCCCCUAGUUUGCUAAGAUGAUCUAAAAUAAUGUUUAUUUUUCCAAGUUAGAGAAGAGAGAGAGAGAACGGGUCUGUGUGGCCCCCUGUGCAGGUCGGCUGGUCUGAAGAUGAAGUCUGCGGUGUUACUGAUAAGGCCAGACACGCUCGUGUCACCGCAUCACCUGGGUCUCUCUUGUGGAGAAAACAGCGUGGUGUUUUUAAUCUGCUUGUGUUCUCUCACAGUAUGCUGUUAGAAGGUUAAUUGAUAAGAUUAAAGUAGCAUUAAUCACAAAGAUGUUUAGUGUUUAAAAAAAUUCCCCAGCAAGUAUUGGAACUUCUAAAAUAUGUAUAUCAUUUGUACAGGGUUAAUCUUGGAAACUAUACUUGAAAACUUUAUUCUACUCUUCAUUUUAAGUUGGAAAUCAUUUUCGACAAAAUUGUUUUCGUACCAUUGGAAAAGAAAAAAUGGUAAUUUAUGUUCUUAUUUAUUUUGGCUGCGAUAUCUUUUGUUUUAAUUUUAGAGCCAAGAAAUCACACUUAGCCUCAUUUUGUAGCUGCUUUCUCUCUCCUUGCUGAGGUCUUCCAGAAAAAUCACAGUGUAUCUUCUUCCUUAGGAAAGGAUAAAGGAAUCCUGAGUAUAUCCAUCAAGAGAAAGCCAAUCUCUGUUCCCCGCCCCUUUUUCCUUUGUCGAGUCACCCUCCGUGUGUGUGCGUGCGUGUGCGCGCGUGUACAUGUGCGUGCGUGUGCGUGUGUACGUGCGCGUGUACGUGCGUGCGUGUGCGUGCGUGCGUGUGCGUGUGUGCGUGCGUGCGCCUCCAGCAGCAGCGCCUCGUCUGGGCUCCUGCUGUCAUCCCGUGCCAGCUUCAUCCUCUAGUUCUGUGCGCGCCCGGCCUGCCUCUGGCCUGAGCGCUCUGGCUGCCCCCCCCCCCCCCCUCCAUGUCCUGUGUGUGCCCCUCGUGCUGUCACGUCUGGCCUGUAGUUCCCAAUCAGGGGCCCUUGUGUCCGGGCUUCCUUAACAAAUCACCCUGAAGGGGGAGGUUGGACUGAAUCGCCUGCUCUUGGUUUGCUGCGGGUUUUUACUCUGAGCGGCUUUACUGGUGCUCCUGUCUCCCAGAGCUUGAUUCUUUAGUGAACAGCGUUUGAAAUAUUCUUCCGCUGUGGGCAGAAGUGGGAAUUAGGAACUUCCUCACGGAAAACAGCAGUCAACUCUGGAGCACGUGUAGAAACAAACACAUUUGCUGUUGCGCUGUAUUUGUGUAUGUUGUUCAUCCUGUAUGUCGUGUCCGCACUGGAGAGCAUGUCAGCUUGGACACUUCGUGGUGUUAUGACUUGAUUUUCUUAUGUUCCAAAAAUAACUUACUGCGAGUGGUUAUUGUUGAUUUUUCCACGGUACACAUCAGAUAGAUGCCACGGAUCUUUUAGAUUUACAUGCCUUUGUUCUACUAUUUGGGAGGUGUAACAGGCCGUGUCUUUGAUGAGAUGUGAAACUGGCUCACACUCUGGCCUGGGGUCCAGGUGCCAGGGUGGGCCUCGAGGAAGACAGCCUGUGGAAUGCUGCGUUAGGAAAAUGCUCAUUCAGCUCCUCCUCAGUUUAAAGACUUUUCUUGGUAUAGGGAUACUGCAAAAGCCAUGGGCCUGCAAGGGCACCGUGACAUAUAUUCCUACUUCUCUGAGUAUUUUUUUAACGACAAUUAAAUGUUGUGUGUAAAGAUUGCUAGUAGUGAAAGGGACCAGCGGAUCUGAAAGAGAAAUGUCCUGGAGCAUCCCCAGGGGCUGUGAUGUGCACAGGGCGGGGCCUGUGAGAGUCUCGGGGCCUCACUCAAGUUCACUCACUCCCCGCAGGGUGCCUCUCAGUGUAUGGUGGUCUCAGGUUACAAUAGGAUCCUUGACGGGAAUGCUUCAGAGGAUCUAGAAAACUCGGUGGUUUUAAGUUAUUCAUGUUUAAUAAAAAUUUCCUCAUUAAAAGGGAGUCCUCAGGUUGGGGCUAUUCAGGGGAAAAGUGUCACCAUGCACAAUGAAUUGUAACUUUAAAAAGCAUGUUGAUUUUUUAUAAAUUUAAGUGUGCUUGGGGAUUCCUUGAAUUUUGUGCAAUAAACUAUUUUUU